GCAAAGCAAUGAAUGGAGUGGGCGGCGGUGGCGUCGUCGAUGAAGCGUUGAGAUUCGGGCGUCGGAGGGGAGGGGAGUGGGGGCCGAGAGAACCUGACAGGAUUUUUAAUUAACAUAUAAAAACAACGCGUCCGCCCUCUCCGCCGCUCCGGUUGUGUGUGUGUGUUAAGGUUUAUUGUUCGAGGGGGGAAAAAAAAAUAGCCGUUAAGUUUGAAACGAAGGCCUCCGUUGUGUGAGGUGGGACAGAGACGACGGAGAGAGAGCGAGAGCGCGCGCGCGAGAGAGAGAGAGGGAGAGAGAGAGAGAGAUGGCCGAGUUUGUCCAGCGGCUGAGCGCCUGCUUCCCGGCCUGUCAGUCCAGUCAGAGCGACCGGGCUCAACGCCGGAGGAGCCGGGAGAUCGACGCCUCGCUGGCCCGGGAGAGGCGCUACGUCCGCCGGCUGGUCAAGAUCCUGCUGCUCGGGGCGGGCGAGAGCGGCAAGAGCACUUUCCUCAAGCAGAUGAGGAUCAUCCACGGCCGCGACUUCGACAGCAAAGCGCUGGAGGAGUUCAGGGACACCAUCUUCGAGAAUGUUAUCAAGGGUAUGAAGGUUCUGGUGGACGCUCGGAACAAACUGGGCAUUCCCUGGGAAAAUACAGAAAAUGAGAAGCAUGGCAUGUUUGUAAUGGCAUUUGAAAACAAGUGUGGAAUGCCCGUUGAGCCUGCAACCUUUCAGUUGUACGUGCCAGCGCUGAGAACCCUGUGGCAAGAUUCGGGAAUCAAGGAAGCGUACAAAAGAAGAAGAGAAUUUCAGCUGGGUGAAUCUGUCAAGUAUUUCCUGGAUAAUUUGGACCAAAUUGGACAGUUGAGUUAUCUUCCCAAUAGACAGGAUGUACUGCUCGCCAGGAAAGCCACCAAAGGCAUUGUGGAGCACGAUUUUGUCAUCAAGGGGAUCCCUUUUAAGAUGGUGGACGUGGGCGGUCAACGGUCGCAGCGGCAGAAGUGGUUUCAGUGCUUCGACGGCAUCACGUCCAUUCUCUUCAUGGUCUCCUCCAGCGAGUUCGACCAGGUGCUCAUGGAAGACCGGCGGACAAACCGCCUAGUGGAGUCGAUGAACAUCUUUGAGACCAUUGUGAACAACAAGCUCUUUUGUUGCGUCUCCGUGAUAUUGUUCCUGAACAAAAUGGACCUGCUGGUGGAGAAAGUGAAGGCGAUCAGUAUUAAGAAAUAUUUCCCGGACUUUCAGUGGGAUCCUCACAGACUGGAGGACGUGCAGAAAUACCUGGUGCAGUGCUUUAACAACAAGCGCCGCGAUCGCACCAGGCCCCUGUUCCACCACUUCACCACGGCCAUCGACACCGAAAAUAUCCGUUUUGUGUUUCACGCUGUGAAAGACACAAUCCUGCAGGAGAAUCUGAAGGACGUUAUGUUGCAGUGAAGAGGAGAGAGAGAGAGAGGCUGUCUCGCUGGAUCAUGUUUCCUUCUCAGAAUUCGCUCUGCCACCAGCACUAUGCGCCCACGAACCCAUAGUUUUGAGUGUGCCGUAUGUUUAAAGGCGUGGAUGCAAAGUAGAGGCAACACCACAGUAAAUGAGCCUGUGAUAGUUUGUCAAGGCUUCCCAGAAAUGUUUUUUAAAGUGUCCUUUCCAUUUCCACAAAAGCGCUCAGACAUCCGAAGUGUAGUGAGCACUAGCAUUAGACUUUCAUUGCACUACAAAGCUCUCUUUGAACCUAAUCGUUACUGAGCAACAGAUUGAGA